GUUGUGUCACUAUUCCAAUUGGAUGCCUCGGGUUCUUCGCCGCUCUUCUCAUCUUUGUGAGGUUGGUUCCUUCGUCUCUGGAUGGGCGCCGAGGAUGGCAGUGGUGUAGGCAAGGUCGACUGUCAAUCUUCAUCUUGUGCCAUCUUUAAAAUGAGUGAUUUGCCCACCCCAGCCUCUUAUCGGCCGUUUGAUAUACAUAGUACACUGUAUAGUGCCCCUGUCAAUCAUGCCGUCAAGUUUUUAUUUUAUUUUUUGCUCCUUGUUUGCUGUAUCUGCAGUGUGUUUUCACACUAUCUUAGGUACUCCGACCUUCUUUUUCUCUCGCAGCUCUUAGACCUUUAUCUUGUACCCCUAUUUCUCGUCCACCUGUGCGACCAGUAAGAACAACAAAUAUCCCUUUUCGUCCAGUAUCAACAAACGUAUCCCCCUCCUUUGACACCGCCUUGUCCCUUGACGG